GCAGAAGACGAAAUUGUUUUCCACGAGGCCUGUGGUGGACGACGAAACCAAAACGUUACUAACUCUUUAAUUAAUCGUUCUCCAGCGGAUUUAUCACACUAACUAACGAAUCCAGUCUGUAGUCGCUGGCUAUUUCUUGAAAGUCAGUUGUCACGAUGCUGAAGGAUGAAAGCUCUGGAAUAGAGUUUGAUGUGUAAAGAAGAAGUCAAGACCAGGAACAGAACGGGAAUUAACAGUAGUGAGAAGCAAUGGCCUUCUCGAACUACAGUAGCCUGAACAGGGCUCAGCUCACUUUUGAGUACUUGCACACAAACUCAACAACCCACGAAUUCUUGUUUGGAGCCCUGGCAGAGCUUGUGGACAAUUCCAGAGAUGCCAAUGCCACGCGAAUAGACAUCUACACAGAAAAGAGACCGGAACUGCGGGGAGGCUACAUGCUCUGUUUCCUUGAUGACGGUACAGGAAUGGACCCCAAUGAGGCAACCCAUGUGAUCCAGUUUGGAAAGUCCAGCAAACGGUCGCCUGAGUCCACUCAGAUUGGCCAAUAUGGAAAUGGCCUGAAAUCGGGUUCCAUGCGUAUCGGAAAGGACUUCAUCUUGUUCACUAAAAAGGGCAGCACCUUGACUUGCCUUUUCCUGUCAAGGACAUUCCAUGAAGAGGAGGGACUGGAUGAGGUGAUAGUGCCCCUCCCCACUUGGGAACUGAAGACCAGGAAGCCUGUGACCUGUGACCCUGAAAAGUAUGCCAUCGAGACAGAACUUAUCUUCAAGUACUCUCCCUUCAAAAAUGAACAACAGCUGAUGGAACAAUUCAACAAAAUAGAGGGCAGCAAUGGUACUCUGGUUAUCAUCUAUAAUCUGAAACUGAUGGACAAUAGAGAACCUGAGCUGGAUGUAGAGACUGAUCACCAGGACAUCCUGAUGGCUGGGACAACUAUUGAAGGAGUGAAACCAGAGAGGAGGUCGUUCCGAGCCUAUGCAGCUGUGUUGUACAUUGACCCACGAAUGAGGAUCUUCAUUCAGGGACACAAAGUCAGGACCAAGAGACUGUCCUGCUGUCUUUAUAAACCAAGAGUUUAUAAGUACUCAUCCACACGUUUCAAAACCCGUGCUGAGCAGGAGGUGAAGAAAGCAGAUCACCUUGCCAAGAUUGCGGAGGAGAAAGCUCGCGAGGCAGAGAGUAAGCGGCUAGCUUUGGAAAACAGUGUAGGAGAUGACCUAUCAAAAGAGUCACGGGCAAUACUGAGAAAGGCUCAGGACACAGCCAUGAUGCUACGGCGGGAUGCUGACAUGAAGAAAAAGAUCCUAGAAACCAAACAAAAAGCAUUAAAGGAGCCCAAAGAACUGAGUUUUACAUUCGGGGUGAAUAUCGAACAGCGGGACCUGGACGGGAUGUUUGUGUAUAACUGCUCUCGUCUCAUCAAGAUGUAUGAGAAGACGGGGCCACAGCUGGAGGGAGGCAUGGCCUGUGGAGGUGUGGUAGGAGUUGUUGAUGUACCAUAUCUAGUUCUAGAGCCUACUCACAACAAACAAGACUUUGCAGAUGCUAAGGAGUAUCGACAUCUUCUGAAAUCUAUGGGGGAGCAUCUUGCUCAGUACUGGAAGGACAGUAACAUAGCUCAGAAGGGAAUAGUGAAGUUUUGGGAUGAGUUUGGCUACCUGUCUGCAAGCUGGGCUGCACCACCUUCAUCAGAGCAGAGAUACAAGAGACGGCGUGCCAUGGAGAUACCACUUACCAUACAAUGUGAUAAGUGUUUAAAGUGGAGAACAUUGCCAUUCCAAAUGGAUGCAGUGGACAAACGUUAUCCAGACAGCUGGAUGUGUCUGAUGAACCCUGACAGCACCCAGGACAGGUGUGAUGCUCCAGAGCAGAAACAGAAUCUGCCAUGUGGUGUUCUCAAAAAAGACAAACAAACAGCUGAAGACAAACAGAGAGAACUCUCGGAGAAAAUCAAACAGCAGCAGGAGAAACUAGUGUCCCUGCAGAAAACCAGCACAAUAAAGUCUGCAGCAGAUGUGAAGAAGCUACCACUGGAGGUCAGCAUGAAGCCAACCACAGAGCGCGCUCCUCAGGCAACCCGGUCCUCUGAGAGGACCUCAACACGUCCCCGCUCUCCGCCUCUCCCAUCUCAUCUCAAAAAUCCCCUCGGCGUUUCCCCAGCCCGCACCACUACUCAGCGCCCUACUCGGACACCUGCCCCCCCACCUCCUGCUUCCAAAGUUGAGCACUCCAGAGUUAGAGCAGCUGCGAAGCCUUCUCCGCCUUCUGCAAAGCCUGCAUCCAAAACCCCAGCCAAACCACCCAGCCGCAGCUUGCGGACACCAGCCAAAGCUUCUCCUGCCAAGCAAACACCUGCUAACCAACGCAAGAGAAUAAUAGAGGAGGAGGAGGAGGACAGUGAGCAAGAGGAGGAAGAAGAAGAGGAGGAGGAGGAGCAGGAUGAAAGCGAGGAAGAGAGUGAAGAAGAGGAACCACAGGUCAAAAAGUCUAAGAUGGCUUCAGCAGCUGGUAACCGUGGCAAAGUAGUGGAGAAGGUUCCCCCUCCCAAACGUGGAAAGGUGGCAGAGAUGGAUUACUGCAGCUCCAAUCAGAGCACGUCUGUGCUGUUGACCUUGCAGGUCAGCACACCACCACAGCCUGAGAAGAAGAGUGUGACCACUCCUACUGCACGGCAGCCCCCCACCACUCCCUCCUCUGCCCCCAAAGCCAGCCCUAUGCAACAGCAUGGGGCAAAGGCCAAGGCAGCUGAUAAGGCUCCAGAGCAGGAUCCAGAGAGGGACACCAAACUUGCUCAGAAAGAUAAGGGUCUACUGGUAGAGGUACGUGUGAAUAAGGAGUGGUACACAGGCAAAGUGAUUGCUGUGGAGACCAAUAAACAGAGUGUUCGUUGGAAAGUGAAGUUUGAUUAUGUGCCCAGAUCCACCCCGAAAGACCGCUGGGUGUUCAAGGGUAGUGAUGAGGUGCGAUUGAUGCGCCCACCAUCUCCAAUCUCUCAGGUCCCCGACACCCAGCAGGGGACGGAGAAGGGAUCAGCCCCUAUGGAGCCAGACACUACUCAGCCAGGUACCAGUCGAGAGGUAACCGACAACCUGGUCACCAUGAUGAGGACAAUGCUGCGCUACUUCUUCCCUCCUGAUUUUCGAAUUCCAAAAGACGAUGUCAACAGCAUGACAGCAGAGGAACUUGUGGCCUUUCCUCUGAAAGAGUAUUUCCAGCAGUACGAACUGGGUCUUCAGUCCCUUUGUAACUCAUACCAGAGCAGAGCUGAUGCUAAGGCCAAAGCUGUGGAGGAGAAGAACAGCAAUGCUGAGAUCAAACUGAAGGAGGCAGAUGAGAAACUACAGAAACUGCGAACCAAUAUUGUAGCGCUUCUGCAGAAAGUACAGGAGGAUAUUGACAUCAACACAGAUGAUGAGCUAGAUGCCUACAUAGAAGACCUUCUCACCAAGGGAGAUUAAAGAACAUGGAAAUAAGCAGGGCAAGGAGACAAAUACAUGCGCCGGGCAAACUUGGCUGUGGUUAAUACGCUCAUCUGAGGAGAUCCUCAAAGUUUAUCCUGCCGGUUGUUGGAUUGGACUAGUUUCUGAAUUUGUCUUUUUGUUCCAGUGUUUUAGUUGAUGCCAGCAUGCUCUGUGAGUUGGGCAGAUUAUACACAUUGGUCCUUUUGAAGCUAGCCUUUCUGGUUGUAGCCUCGGUUUGCCUUUUUUGUUCUCUAAUAUACUCACUUGCAUAUGUUAAUCUAUGUUUAAAACCAUCGUAUCCUGAUUGACUGUCAAAAUGUUUCUCUUGUAGUUUUUUUUUAUCAGUAUAUGCUACCUUUUAAAGUGGGCCACUAAUGCUUUUACAUUUUCUAGAAAUCCUGAGUGAUUUACAAUUAUUCCUCCUUUUGAUCCAUGAUCAGCUGAGAAUUUAAAUGGCACAAAAGUCAUUUAUUCAAGACCUGUUUAACUUGACAUGUUUGUCUUCCUCAAUUCAGCCUGUAUUCAAUGCAUUCACUUUGUAUGCGCUAAAUGCAAAUUGCGUUUUCCGUCUUACCUUCCUGUGUCCUGGUCCUGCUUAGAGAUAACUGCAAGUCUACGUACGCCGUAAUUGGGCAUACAUAACAGACACAAGCAGGAACUACUUACUGCGUUUUAUCAGUAUAGUUAUUUCUCUUAAAUCUCUCCUGCCAUAUGGUAUUACUGUUUCUGUUGUUUAUUUGGGGAUUUAAGAAAAAGACUGUCCCAUUCAAACGGUAAAGUUUUGUUCAUAAUUGUUCCGUCUCCUGUGUUCCUUCCUUCAAACAGAUUUUUAACAUGUUAUGGAAAAGUUUUAUGAAAAAGGUGCAUGUGUUUUCAGUCUUUUUGUUCUGAUUAGAAAAAACGAUGCGAUAUUUUUGACAAAUCUUUCCAUGGAACAAUAAAACGGGUUCAAUAACCACUCUGAGGUGA